CUCGCCGUGCCGCAGCCAGCCGGACCAUGGAGGAGCUAGCGCGGCGGCGCCCGCAACUUCUCCCGCUGCUGCUGCUGCUGCUUUGCGGUUCAUGUCCCCGAGUGGAUGGCUGCGAUGAGACACGCAUGAUGGAGAAGCUGCCCCGCUGCGGGAAGGCCUUCGCAGACGUGAUGCAGGAGCUGGACAUCUGGAAGUGGUGCAACUUGUCAGAGUUCAUUGUGUACUAUGAAAUCUUCACUGCCUGCACCGAGGUGGAGACCAACACUGUGGGUUGCUAUUGGCCCAACCACCUGGCCGAGGGCUUCAUCACCCGCAUCCACAGGCAGUUCUUUUCCAACUGCACAGUGGAGAGGACACACUGGGAAGACCCCCCAGAUGAGAUCCUCAUCCCGCUCAUCACCGCACCCAUCCUGCUGACAGUGGCCAUGGCCGGUUUGGUGUUGUGGUGCAGCAGGAGCAGCGACAAGCUGAGUCAGUGGAAGGAAACGUGAUCCAGGCUGGAGCUUGUGUCUGAGGACAGCAACUGCUGCUGCCGCCCUCUGAGCCCCUCCAGGUGGGGCCCACACCCAGCCCUGACUCAGCCCCUGCCCUGGGCCCUCUCCUGCCUCAUUCCCAGUCCAAGCUCCAAACUCAUCUCCAACCCCAGGCCCAUCUCCAGCCCCAGGCCCAUCUCCAGCCCCAGGCCCACCUCUAGCCCCAGCCCCAUCUCCAGCCCCAACCUUGAGUCGUCUUCAGCCCCAUCUCCAGCCCCAGGCCCGGCCUGCCCCAGGUGGAGAGUGCUUCUGGCCACAGAAGUGAGCAGCUCAAAGCAUGUGAGCAUUGUUCCUUGGCGUGGAAUUCCUGACCUCUCCUGGUGAAGAGGCCCUGAGGGUCACAUUGCACAGCUGGCACUAGUUGGAUGAGUUGAGGAACCAGGGGCUGGAGUCUCCACAGGAGCGAUGUGGGGCCUGCAUAUCUGUCUUCUGGCUCUGACCUGAUUCUGGGGCGGCUGGGGGCUGAGGUGUGAGAGCCCCUCGUGGCCUGCCUGGAUGCUCGCUGGCCAGGCCUCUGCAGCAUGUAUCCCCUCUGAAGGACACUUGUGUCUGAGACCUUCCCAUGCUGACCUCCGCGUGUUUGUGCCCUAGGGGCUUGGGCUCUGCCUCUGUCAUCUGUGCUCCCUCUGAUUAAAGAUAAAUCCUUAUUGCUUGGGUAUCCUGUUUUAUUUUCAGGUCUUCACCGGGAUGGUGGGUCUCCUGGGACUGACAAGCUCCCCCCAACCCACCAUUUUAUAGGUCCCAGAGUUACAGGUUGUCAGGGCAUAGGAGGACUCGAAGUUUUAUAACAGGAGAAUGUGGGCUGGGAAGGAGGCGCCCUGUGGGGCUUUGAGGAUGGAGGGCAGCUGUGGUCUAGAUCCAGCUCCUUCUGCUUCCUCCAAGAGGCCCCUGACGGGCCUGCUGGGGAGGGGGCCCUGGCCA